CUCUGGUCAUAUCUCCGAGUAGUGCGGUGUGAGAGCCACGUGUUAGUGUUUAAGUAAUUUAUUAAAUUUUAUAUAACAAAAUGAGGGAAAUCGUACACAUUCAGGCCGGCCAAUGCGGCAACCAGAUCGGAGCUAAAUUCUGGGAGAUCAUCUCUGACGAGCACGGCAUCGACCCUACCGGCGCCUACCACGGCGACUCGGACUUGCAGUUGGAGCGCAUCAACGUCUACUACAAUGAGGCCUCCGGCGGCAAGUACGUGCCCCGCGCCAUCCUUGUCGACCUGGAGCCCGGCACCAUGGACUCCGUCCGCUCCGGACCCUUCGGACAGAUCUUCAGACCAGACAACUUCGUGUUCGGCCAGUCCGGCGCCGGCAACAACUGGGCCAAGGGACACUACACAGAGGGAGCCGAGCUCGUCGACUCGGUACUUGACGUAGUACGCAAAGAAUCGGAAUCCUGCGAUUGCUUACAGGGCUUCCAACUCACACAUUCCCUUGGUGGCGGUACCGGAUCCGGUAUGGGAACACUCCUCAUCUCCAAAAUCAGAGAAGAGUACCCCGACAGAAUCAUGAACACAUACUCAGUCGUCCCCUCGCCCAAAGUAUCAGACACAGUCGUAGAACCCUACAACGCGACUCUUUCAGUGCAUCAACUCGUAGAGAACACAGACGAAACCUACUGUAUCGACAACGAAGCCUUAUAUGACAUCUGCUUCAGAACCCUAAAACUCUCCACUCCCACAUACGGUGAUCUCAACCACUUGGUCUCUCUCACUAUGUCCGGUGUCACAACUUGCCUCAGGUUCCCCGGUCAGCUCAACGCCGAUCUCCGUAAAUUAGCCGUCAACAUGGUUCCCUUCCCCCGUCUUCACUUCUUCAUGCCCGGAUUCGCCCCACUGACGUCCCGUGGCAGCAGACAAUACCGCGCCCUCACCGUCCCUGAGCUCACCCAGCAGAUGUUCGACGCCAAGAACAUGAUGGCCGCCUGCGACCCCCGCCACGGCCGCUACCUCACCGUCGCCGCCAUCUUCCGCGGGCGCAUGUCCAUGAAGGAGGUCGACGAGCAGAUGCUCAACAUCCAGAACAAGAACUCGUCGUACUUCGUCGAAUGGAUCCCCAACAACGUGAAGACCGCCGUGUGCGACAUCCCACCCCGAGGUCUCAAGAUGGCCGCCACCUUCAUCGGAAACUCCACCGCCAUCCAGGAGCUGUUCAAGCGCAUCUCGGAGCAGUUCACCGCUAUGUUCAGGCGCAAGGCUUUCUUGCAUUGGUACACCGGCGAGGGCAUGGACGAGAUGGAGUUCACCGAGGCCGAGAGCAACAUGAACGACCUGGUGUCGGAGUACCAGCAGUACCAGGAGGCCACUGCCGACGAGGACGCGGAAUUCGACGAGGAACACGAGCAGGACGUCGAAGAUAACUAGACAGUCACAGUUGUACCCGCAUACGACGAGUAACAUAAUGAUUCCUACUGUAUUGAAGAUAUGCUUUCUAACUUUUAACAGAUCGCACGGCUAAAUUGUCCCCGGUCAUGACAAACGUGAGAACAUGUAAAUUAGAUUCCUCGUGAUUAGAUCGAGUCUCACGACAAGAUCUGAACUAACGUAUACAAUACGUGUAGAUCGUCCGCGGCCAUUUUUGUUAUGUCGGCUUCAAUAACAGAUGAUGUUUAUUAUUUAAAAACAUAAUUUAAUGUAUAUAAUAAAGAUUUUUUAUUUAUUA